UGUCCUGCCAGCUGGUGGUAGUCCUCCGGCCCAGCUGUCGUGCCCACAGUGAUGUCGGGUGCACCUGUGCGCCCAGCAGCACCUCCUGCAGUGUGCCCUGCUCUGUGACCAUGGAAACUUGAAAGUGAAGAAGCCACACCUUCCAGAGGCCGGGCACAGAUGGGAGCUCAGUCGUCCCGGGGGCAGAGGCAUUUGUGACUGAAGAGGCCCCGGGGGCAGUAUGCAGUGCCUGGGCCCUCACACCACGGGACCACAGGGCUGACCCUCGCAGGCCAUUGACGCUGGGUGAGCAGGGUGGCCAGUGCUCUUGUGGCAUGGUUGAGCGUUCUGAGGUCCAUCCUGGGCCCUGGUGGAAGUGGGAGCAAAGCCAUUGCCUCUGGACACAGCAUAAGGAAGCCACAGCAGCUGACUCACAGGAAGAGUUUGUGAACAGGGCUCAGACGAGGGGCAGAGCCUGGGCUGCGCCCUCCGUGCUGGCUAGGAAGCAGAUUCCAUGGUUGUCUGCACAGCUGCACCUGCCGUCCUGUCCCUGGAUGCCACCAAGUGCACUGUUCAGUGGCUGCCUGCAGGCUCUGCUCCCCACCCCCAACUCUGGGAGGGCGCCCUGGCUGCGGGGAGGCUGGGAAAGGGAGCAUCCGGAGUCCAAGCUCAGUGAGGCUGUGUACUGCACCCCGCUUCCACGGGGACUCCAGAGGCCAGGAUUCCCUUAACAGGACAGACACUUCCCACAGCCGGGUCCCCAGAUGGACACCCGCUCUGGGAGCCAGUGUUCCGUCACCCCAGAAGCCAUACUCAACAAUGAAGAGCUGGUCUUGCCGCCCCGCAUCUCCAGAGUGAACGGCUGGUCGUUACUGCACUGCUUCCAGGUGGUGACCUGGGCUGUCUUCGUGGGCCUUUCCUCGACCACCUUCGGGAUCUUCAUUCCCCUCCUGCCUCACGCGUGGAAAUACAUUACCUACGUGAUAUCCUUUCCACCGUGACCGGGGGGGAUCUUCUCCUUCCACCUUGUCGUCCACCUGAUUGUCUCCUGCGUCGACCCGGCCGACUCCAAUGUCAGACUCAUGAAGAACUAUUCUCAGCCCACGCCCAUCUUCGACAGAGCAAAACACACACACGUGAUCCAGAAUCAGUUCUGCCACCUGUGCAACGUCACUGUGAACAAGAAAACCAAACACUGCAUUUCCUGCAAUAAGUGUGUGUCCGGCUUUGACCACCACUGCACGUGGAUCAACAACUGCGUGGGAAGCCGGAAUUACUGGUUCUUCUUCAGCACUGUGGCCUCGGCCACAGCUGGCACGCUCUGCCUGAUUGCCAUCCUGCUGUACGUCCUCGUCCAGUACCUCGUGAACCCCCGGGUGCUCCGCGUGAACCCCGGGGUGCUCCGCACGGACCCCAAGUAUGAAGGAUGGCCCCCGAAGCCACCAGUUCCAGAGAGGCUCCGUCACCCAAAGACAUCCAUGCUGAAUCCAACUCUCUGCCAUUCUAACUUGGCCGGCCCUCUGCCGUUCUGCAUUACGCCUGAUUUUUGGAAGUGUUGUGGUUUUGAGUGUUGGCAGCCCAGUGUCACAGAGGACCAUAUCUUACAAAUGACCCCAGAUGUCAAGAAUACGAACAUGUGGCUGCUGUUCCUCCCCCCGUUCCUCCCCCUGUUCCCGGUGCAGGUGCAGAACCUGAUAGUCGUGAUCAUCGGGAUGCUUGUGCUCCUGCUGGACCUUCUUGGCUUGGUGCACCUGGGCUACCUGCUUAUCUUCCACAUCUACCUGAAGGCCAAGAAGAUGACAACCUUUGAGUAUCUCAAUGAGACCUGCAAAGAAGAGAGUUCAAAACAUCAAGCAGCGAGGAAAGAUCCACACGUGCAAAUGGAGGAAGGAUUUCUCCAGAGCCAAGGCCAGGAACUCCCUGCAGAUAUCCAGGUGCCUCUGUCCAUUCUCCAGUACUGUAAGCCAGAAGGGGGUUCGACGGCACAGGAAGCAGAUGAUGGCCCGAGUACAUCUACACUUGGGCUGCAAAAGAAACAACAGAGUCCACGAAAACCGACAGUGCUGAAAGUGAAGACUGAGAUUCAGGCCAGCAACCAGAGCCCAUCAUCUCAGAGGCCCCGGAUGUCCUUCAAAGGAACUAGGACCUUCAGAGCCCAGCAUCCAUCUCUGUCAUCAUCUUCAUCACACCCAAAGAAGAGCCAGCCUUGCAGGAGGAUUUACAUCUCCAGGAUGAUGGGCUGCCAGCAACUGCAGAGGAUGCGGCCACCUGCUUAACUGUGCUGUCCAGCCAGCCAGCCAGCUGCAAGGCCUCUUGCUGCUUAAGAAGAGCUGAUGGGCUGGGCAUGUUGGCUCACACCUGUGAGCACAGUACUGGGAAAUGGGAGCACAGUACUGGGAAAUGGAAGCACAGCGCUGGGAAAUGGGAACACAAAGUACGGGGAAAUGGGAGCACAGUACUGGGAAAUGGGAGCACAGUAAUGGGAAAUGGGAGCAUAGUACUAGGAAAUGGGGGCACAGUGCUGGGAAAUGGGAGCACAGCCCUGGGAAAUGGGAGCACAAAGUACUGGGAAAUGGGAGCACAGAGUACUGGGGAACGGGAGCACAAAGUACUGGGGAAUGGGAGCACACAGCACUGGGAAAUAGGAGUAUACAGCACUGGGAAAUGGGAGCACAGUACUGGGAAAUGGGAGCAUAGUACUGGGAAAUGGGAGAACACAGCACUGGGAAAUGGGAGCACAGUGCUGGCAAAUGGGAGCACAGUAAUGGGAAAUUGGAGCACAGCACUGGGAAAUGGGAGCACAGCGCUGGGAAAUGCGAGCACAGUACUGGGAAAUGGGAGCACAGUACUGGGAAAUGGGAGCACAGUACUAGGAAAUGGGAGCACAGCGCUGGGAAAUGCGAGCACAGUACUGGAAAAGGGGAGCACACAGUACUGGGAAAUGGGAGCAUAGUACUGGGAAACCCCAGACCUGGAUUCUGAGUUCUUCAGCCUAGCCCAGAUUUCUUAUCUUAGUAGACAAAAAGAGUCAAGAGAAGACCAGAGAACCAGAGGCAUCCUCUGUAUUUUAUAAUGAACUCUGCGUUUUAGUCUGUUUAGUAGUCAUAUUUUAAAAGAUAAUUAGUUUUCUAAAUAUGUAUAUAUAAGUUAAUAUGUGCAUUGGGCUGUUUUUGUGUUUCUGUAAAGAAAUACCUAAGGCUGGGUAAUUUAUUUAAAAACAUAGGUUAAACUGGCUCACAGUUGUGCAGGCUGUACAGGAAGCAUGGUGCUGGCAUCUGCUUGGCUUCUGGUGAGGCCUCAGGAAGCUUCCAUCAUGGCCGAAAGUGGGGUGAGAGCCAACACAUCAUGUAGUGAGAACAGGAGCAAGAGAGAGUGGUGGGGUUGGGGGGAUGCCAUACAUUUUUAAAUGACCAGAUCUCAAGUGAACUACCAGAGCAAGGACUCACUCAUCACCAAGGGGAUGGCACUAAACUAUUUAUGAGGAACCUGCUCCCAUGAUUCAAACACCUCCCACCAGGCCCCACCUCCAACACUGGGGAUUACAUCUCAACAUGGGAUUUGGAGGGGACAAACCUCUAAGCUAUAUCAUUCCAUCCCUGGUCCCUCAAAUCUCAUGUCCAACUUACCUCGCAACAUAUAAUCAUCCCUUCUCAAUAGUCCCUGAAAGUCUAAACUCAUUCCAGGAUCAACUCAAUCAAAAAUGCCAAGUCCAAAGUCUCAUCUGGAGAUGAGUUCCUUCCACCUAUGAGUCUGUGAGAUAAAAAACAAGUGAUUUACUUCCCAGAUACAAUGGACACAAUGAUGGUGCAGGCACUGGGUAAACACACCUAUUCCAAAAGGAAGAAAUUGGCCAAAAGAAAGAGGCUGCAGGCCCCAAGCAAGUCUGAAACUCAGCAGGGCAGACAUUAAACCUUAAAGUUCCAAAAUAAUCUCCUUUGACUCCAUGAGGCACACUGGUGUGAGGCGUGGGCUCCCAAGGCCUUGUACAGCUCCACCCCUGUGGCUUUGCAGGUUGUGGCCCCUGCAGCCAAUCUCGUGGGUUAGAGUUUAGUACUUGUGGCUUUUCCAGGCUGAGGUUGCAAGCUGCCAGUAGAUCAAACAUUCUGGGGUCUGGAGGGCAGAAGCCCUCUGCCGACAGCUACACUAGGCAGUGCCCUGGUGGGGAGUCUGUGUGGGGCUCCAACUCUACAUCUCCUCCCAGCAUUGCCCUCAUAGGGUAUCUCUGUGAAGGUUCUGCUGCUGCAGCAGGCUUCUGCCUGGGCACCCAGGUUUUCCCACACAUCCUCUGUAAUCUAGGGGGAAGCUGCCAAUGCCCCUUCACUCUUGUGUUCUGUGUUCCUGCAGAUUUCACACCACUUGGAAGCCACCAAGGCUUACCCUCUAGAGCAGCCGUCCACACUGUACCUGGAGACUGUUGAACCACCACUGUAGCUGAAGAAGUUGGGAUACAGGGACCAGUGUCCCGAGACUGCACAGGGCAUCAGGGCCCUAGUCCUGGCCCAUUAAGCCAUUCUUUUCUCCUAGGCCUCUGGGCCUGUGAUGGGAGGGGCUGCUGCGAAGAUCUUUGAAAUGUCUUCAAGGUCUUUUUCCCAUUGUCUUGGAUAUUAGCACUUGGCUUCCUUUUAGCCAUGCAAAUCUAUUAAGUGGUUGCUCUGCAGCCUGUUUGGAUUCCUCUCCUGAAAACAUUUUUUUCUUUCUCUACCACAUGGCUAAGCUGCAAAUUUUCCAAACUUUUACACUCUGCUUUCCUUUUAGGUAUAAAUUCCAACUUUAAGUCAUUCAUUUGCUCCCAUAGCUGAUCAUAGGUUGUUAGAAGCAGCCAUGCCACAUCUUAAAUGUUUAGCUGCUCAGAAGUAUCUUCUGCCAGAUACCCUAGGUUAUGAUUCUUAAGUUCAAACUUCCACAGAUCACUAGGACAUGAAUACAAUGCAGCCAAGCUCUUUGCUAAGGCACACAAGGGUGACCUUUGCUCCAGUUCCCAAUAACUUCCUCGUUUCCAUCUGAGACCUUGUCAGCCUGGCCUUCAUUAUCCAUAUUUCUAUCUGCAUUUUGGUUCCAACCACUUAAUAAGUCACUAAGUUCCAAACUUUCCCUCAUCUUUCUGUCUUCUUCUGAGCCCUCCAAAGUCUCCCAAUCUCUGCUCAUUACCCAGUUCCAAAGCUGCUACCACAUUUUCAGUUAUCUUUAUAGCAAUGUCCUGCUCCUCAGUGCCAAUUUUCUGAAUGGACCCAUUUUUGCAUUGCUAUAAAGAAAUACCUGAACUUGGGUAAUUGCUGACAAAAGAACUGAAUCCACGUGAGGAGUAAUUCAUGACAAGCUGUACAAAUAAAAAUAAGAAAUCCAGGCCGGGCGCGGUGGCUCAAGCCUGUAAUCCCAGCACUUUGGGAGGCCGAGGCGGGCGGAUCAUGAGG